GAGCCCUCUAACCAUUUUUAUAAAUCGUUGUUUGCCAACUUGUUAUUAGAAUAGCAAAUUGAAACGAAGCAUAUCGCAGCUAUUUGGCCUUAUUUUUUCUCUUUUCUCCAUAUAAUAGAGCAGUAAGUCAUAAGCAGACGUCGGGUACGUAGGAAUAGCUCGGUAAGUUAGAAUAUGGGUUCCGCCUUACGACAGGGCUCAUGCAGACGCGUACAACUGUUGGGAAAAUAUUUCAGUAAAGAGCUUCCUUGGAGCUAUAAAAUUUGCUUCUACAGUAUGAACGUAGGCAGAAUAAAGUAGUAUUUUCUAGUUAAACAUUGUUAAUAUUUUUACAUCUUUGUUACUGCGUGCCUAGGUGCACACAACAUUGCGCUAACAGUAACAAUGACAGCGCCAACAACUGUGAGAGUACAGAUUAUGGAAGAGUGGCUUUUUCUGAGUCCACCAUGGAGAAUUAAACCCUAAAUUUUACCAUUAUAAUCCCUAAAUGAAGCUUACUGCUCAAUCAUAAGAGGAUAUCGAAGAAGGAAAACUUAACUGAAGCAAGAAAUGACAAUGAAUUUGUUUACAAUAAAACAUUUUCAAACUGCAAAUCUUUACUUUGCAUUUGUGGCCUUGGGUAUGGCUCUUGCUAUCACAGGUCCAACUCUUCUUGACUUAGAACUUGCCCUAAACACAGACACAGAACAUAUUUCCUAUAUCCUUGUAGGACGAGGUAUUGGCUACCUAAGUGGAUCUUUUGUGGGAGGUAUACUGUUUGACAGGUUUAAUAGAGAAGUGCUGUUUCUUGUUAACCUGUUAUUUCUGGGAAUUACAAUAACAGCUGCCCCAUGGUGCAGAAACCUCAUUCUGCUUAUUGCAACAAUGGUCAUUGAAGGUUUAGUCCUGGGUGCUAUAGACACAGGAGGGAAUUGCUGGUGUCUCCACCUUUGGGGUAAAGAAAGUGGGCCUUACUAUCAGGCUUUGCACUUUUCUUUUGGUGUUGGUACAUUCAUAGCUCCUUUACUAGCAGAGCCUUUUCUCUUUCGUGAAAAAGAAAGUUCAGAAACUUUGAAUAUGACAAAUUCAUCAAUAGUUUGGAAGGUACAAGCAAAUCUAUCAGAAAAGAAUGAUACUAAUGUAUUUCUACACAACAGUAUAUUUUCACCAGCAGAAUUUGAAAAUCAUGAUGGAUUCCAGGUAUUUGGCUUUGAAUAUGCAUUUAUAGUAAUUGGAGCAUUCACCUUUUUUGUUUUAAUUUUGUUUUUUAUUGUUUUUCUGUACACAAAUAUAGAGAAUGUCCCUGAACAGACAAAGAAACCUGAUGGUUCUCAGAAUAUGGAAUCACGAGUGAUACGUUUUAUUCUUACUGUUUGUGCUAUUUUCAUGAUUUUCUAUGCUGGGUUAGAGGUUACAUAUGGACAGAUGAUUGCAACUUUUGCUGUUGUUGGACCACUGAAGCUAUCCAAAUCCAAGGGUUCUUUUAUUACUUCUUUCUAUUGGGGUAUCUAUACUCUUGCAAGGGGAGUAUCAAUCUUUAUCUCUAUGAAACUAAGUAGUUUUGUUAUGUUAAUGAUCGAUAUUUUCAUUGUUUUUGGAGCUAGCUUACUGCUUGUGUUCUUUGCAAGCUCAGCAGAAGAAGUUCUUUGGGCUGCUUCAGGACUUCUUGGAGUUGGUAUGGCAUCCAUUUAUCCCAGCAUUGUCUCAUGGUGUGAACAAUACAUUGUAAUGACCAACAAAGUGACAUCCACUUUUGUUGUGACAACCUCACUUGGUGAAACAGUCUUGCCUCUAUUGGUGGGUCAUUACAUUGAGCACACCCCCAUGUUUCUAAUGCAUGUGAUGUUAGGUGGCAUUAUUUGUGCUUUUCUAGCAUACCUUAUCAUUUGGCAGUUUGUACACAGACAAAAAAGUAAGUAUGAUACUGAUGAGAGAAACAUGCCAAAAGAAGAAGAUAAUCAUCUUGAAACAGUUCCCACCAAAGUUACCCUGCUGAAUGAACUAACAGAAUCAGAAGAUUCUAAUAAAAUGGAACAAUCUGAACUAGUACCAAACACUGAGGAGAAUGCAACAGAAGUUGUUUAAAUAAUUCUUUACAUAACAGUAUUCAAUGUAAUUUAAAGCUGUCGUAAUAUUGAAUUUUAAAUACUUAUUUUGAUCAAAAAAUGUAAAUAAUGUAAUUCUUUACUAAUAGAUAUUAAUAGCCAGUAGAAAGAAAUAGCAAAGCAGUUAUUUUUAUGUUUCCUUUUAUGUUCUUUUAAACAUCAUUGUAUUGGUUUAAUUAAUAUAAGUGAAACUUAAAUCAUACAAGUUUUUAGUUAGAUUGAAUUGAAAUAUAGUUAUUUUUUUUUACAUAUAUUUAUAGAGCAGUGAAAAUGUAAUCAUAUGUAUAUCUUGUUUGUAGUUAAGUGUUUCACAAACUUCAAAACAUUUAAAGAGUUCAGAAGUACUUUGUGCACAUUUUUCUGACAUCAGAAUUUCUUGUAGUUGUACCAAUAGUAAUAACUAUUCAAUAAUUGUAUCAUGAUCUUUUUUGUCAUUUGGAUUAUUAUUGGUGACCAUAUUUGUUAAUUACUGUACUCACUGGUGAAAUGUUUCACUUGAAGCCAUGGGGUAGACCUACUGAAAGAUUAUACAACAUAAGUGUUCAGUACAUGAUACUUACUCAUGUAAUGGGCGAGUGACACCAACAGAGUACAUGAAACUGCAAGGAAACAUCCCAGCUUUCUUGAGAUGUUUCCCAUAAAGACUCAAAUGAAUAAUACUUUGCUUCCAUCUCUGUAAUUCCUUUUGUAUGUUUUUCUUUGUUCUGAAUAUUAAUUUAAUAGCCUACUAUACUUUGAGAGAAGUGUGUUUGUCCUCUAACUCCUCCUAAACUUUUGCAUUUGGACCUAUCAAAUGUGAUUUAAUCAACUAGGAAUGAUUCAAGAAGUUAUUUAUCUUUUAAAAUGCAUAGUUUUCAUAACUCCGGGGCUGGCUAUUUAUACAUAGAUCAGUCAGUGGGGGUGGCAGUACUAAUGAGAUCUCGUUUCCUCUUUCAUUAUGUGGAGUAUACCUACAAUCUAUGUACUUUCAGCCAUUACUGGUAUAUUUAGAACAAAAACAGAAAUGCUGUUUUAUAUUCAUAACUGUUAAAACAUUAAUUCUACAAUUGCAUUUCAUUUUCAAAUCCCAUCAAUCAUGUGUAGGAUUUCUUUUUCAUACAUUGUUUAUACAGACCUUCAAGAUAGACACACUUAUAUUAAGUGAAAUGUUUUAAAGUCACUUGUUACUUAUUGCUUUUUGAUUAAGAAAAAAACUAAAAUAAAAAAUAAACCAUUAUUUAAAUAUUCAAGCCUAGUGGACAUGAAUAAUUUUUCUUAUGUACAUUUAAUCUUUAUAUUGCAACUUUCACAAAUCUCAAAGUGCAUUAUAAAGGUACCUGCUAGUACAUAGAAAUAGGAAGCAAGUUGGAUCUGUUAUUCUCUUAAUAGCAGCUGUGAUAGCUUAUUAAAUUUCAAGGUGUUUUUUGGCAGAAAAACUGUCAACAAUUUUGCUAAAAUUUAUAUGAAAGUACAAUCUUAUUCUGCAAGUGAUAAGUAAGGAAAGGAUUCAACAUCACUUUAAAAUGUAUUGAAAAUGCUAAUUUUUUAAUCAGUACCACGUCAGAUAAGAGAAUCUAGGUAUUCGAAUGUUGGUCUGUGAACGAUACGAACAUUUAAGUUAUCAUAGUAUUUUAAGAAUAUGACACUGGGUUUCUUCUAAUAAAUGUCUGGACCUCCAGUAGAAUAUGGUGGUAUGUCAGUCAAAGACUGUUAGAGUAUGUGUCAAUAAAGUUGACUUGUGUAACAUUUUGUGUGCAGUGCACAUGUAUGUUGAUGCUUGGUCAUUUAAUUAUUAACAUUGGCUUUAAAUAUCAGAAUGUUCAAGGGACAGUGAUGUACAUUUUGUUAAGUUUCCAAGUUAAAUUUUCCAAUUUCUUUUCUCUUUUUUUGAGUUAUUACUUAAAGUAUUAUAUUAAUUGUAAGCUUGUUCUCUUUUUUUUAUUUUUACCAUAAAUAUAUUAGUAACAGUAGUCUGUGUGCAAAACAUGAAGGGAAAAAGUAAUUUUUCUCUGCUUAAAACUGUAGAUGUUAUUCAUGGAAACAACCA